UUCUCCGAGCAUGGGCGAAGCGAGGCCACGCCAUGCCCCACAUUUUGACGCAUCACCCUUUCCGGCGGUGCUUGUAGCGGAAUGUGUCAGAUUUCGAUGUUUUGUCCCUGAUGACGUCCAACCUCCAGGCCAGAUUCAGGCUCCAGUCCAGCGCCCUCUAUUGUGGACGAAGCUUGAUUCUCGCGUCGCUCAUAAACAUUCGUUAAACGCGCCGGUCUUCUCCACAUUCGCCUAAUGAUUUCGUUCGAAUCGAGCACGCGCCUUGCUGCCCAUCCAACAUCAGCUCUAGCGCUCCCACACAGAGACAACGCCAAGAUCUGAAUACAUCGACCGCCACGCCUCAAACGAGCCAAAACCACCGCCCGAACCGGUCGCGACGCCAAUGUGGCCCUUCUCCGGGUGUAGCGACAGCGAGGAUGCUUGUGCGCCCACUCCACCCUCGCUCCUGACCCCUUAUGCCAUCUUCUCGCUGCUACCGUUCGCCAUCGUCCUGGCGACCACGUACAUUACGGCCACGAGACACAUCCUCCCCCGCCUAUCGAAACCGCAGAACGGCGAGUCUCGAGACGGAGAGGGCCAUGUCCUACCCAGACAUGCACCCGAGGCCCUCAAGGCCGCCCACGCUGAGCAUGGCGAGAAGAGUCUAGACAGGCGGUUGACGCGCGCUGUGUUCGGCGCGACGGUCAGCCUGGCGGCCACGCUGGGUGCGGAGAUAUUGGGGGAGAUAUUGCGCUGGGGCGAUGGCUUUGCGCGAGAGUGGGCAUUGCGAUGGACGGUGAGAGGGCUGCUGCUCAUGAUGGUGGGCGUGCUGCCGUGGCUGGAGUGCAAGAACUUUGUCGCGGCGGCUGGAUGGAACUUUCAGCGCAACGCAAAGGGAAAAUCGGCAAAGACCGCGUGGGCUAUCCAGUCCGCGCUGUUCAAAGCUUGGAUCUUUGUCUUCUGGUCGGUAGGUGGUGCUGUGCCGAGCACAGGGGCUGCCCGGACGGGAAAUACAGUUGAUGACGGGUUGGUCGAGAUGGUCACGCGCGGGUGCUUGGAGCGGGUGGGUGUGGUCGGCAUCUGUCUCAUGGCGCUACUGGCGGGCUUUGCGUCGGUCAGUUCGCCGUGGUACACAUUUGGCGAUGCCUCACAGCGGCGGAGGCGGCCUGUGACUGAAGCGGACGUGACGAGGAAGCAAGCUGGUCUCGACGCCGCAAGCGAGAUGCUGCUCACGAAGCGGCACCGUCUGCAGAUGCUGGAGCGUAGGACGUCGGAGCCGAGUCAAGGCGCCAAGAGCGGCUUCAUGGGCAAGAUGAUGGGCUCGAUACGAGGUGUCUCGGGGGAGGAGGCGGAGAUGAGGACCCUACGCAUGGAGAUUGCCGGCCUCGAGACCAUGGAGGUCAACCUGGCGAGUAACCUCGCCAUCCUCAAGGGGCAGAGGGACGUGGCGGCCCGCGCUUCGACGCCUAUGGGCCGGUUGCUUCUCGUACCGUCAUACGUCUUCAGCUGUUACUGUGUCUACCGCCUCCUGGCUACGACCAUGACAACGUUGAGAAGAAUGUCGUCACCCUCGGCGAGCAGCUUCUCGAGCAGCGACCCCAUCAACAGGUUCCUCGGUCUUUUGGCACGGCACUGGGACCCCAAGAUGGACCAGCUCGCGUGGGCGCGGACCAUCAGCUUCGCCCUGUCGGGCGUGAUGCUCGUCCUGAGUGCCAACGCCGUGGUGCAGACGCUGCAUCUCUUCUCCCGGUGGACGCCCAAGGUGCUGCAUCGACACAUGCAGUCGUCCCUCGCGCUGGGCGCCAGUCAAGUCGCGGCCACGUAUGUCAUAUCGUCCCUGCUCCUGCUCAGGAGCCACCUACCAGGCGAGGUCCGCGACACGGUCAGCGGCGCCCUGGUGCGCGGUGCCCCCUUGAUGAGUCCUGCCUUUGCGGACGGGUGGUUUGAAGGGUGGUUCCUCAUCGGUGCGGGUGUCACGGGCAUUGGUGUCUGGUUGACGAGGCGGAUUGGCGGUAGGCCUGGCGAUCUUGACGGCGACGAGUACGCCAUGGAGGAGAUGGGCGCCAAGAGAUCAUAGCAUUAUGGGCAGCGUUUGUUUAUACGUAUUGCAACGUUAAUACUAUCACGACUAAUAC